AUGGACUGGGGCAAUGUGACGGGCGAGGAGCUGCUCGACGCGCUGCGGGAGGUCGAGUGGUCCACGCCGCCUCGCCCGCUCGCGGAGUUCGUGCAGCGCUUCUCCGCGCCCAAGAACGCCAGCAAGUGGCGCAGCCGCUUAAACUAUCGCACCAACUACUACAUCCUUGUCUGCUUCAUCAACGCCUGCUGUUUCGCCCGUAACCCGCUCGCGCUGUUCGCUGUGCUCUUCGCCGCCGUCGCCUUCGCGAGCCUCAACGACAGCUCCCUCUUCUCUGACCCCUCGUCGCUCUCUCUGCCCACCAUUCUCCCCCCCUUCCCAUCUCUGUCUCCACUCGUUCCCACCCCUUCCCCUCCCCUCCCCUCCGCCUCUCCCACCCCUCCAUCCUCUUCCCACUCUUCUCCCCGUGCCCUACCAUUCUCCACCGUCCACAAUUCCUUUCACUCCUUGUUGGAGCUUUUUCCUUGGUUGCCCUCUCCCCAUCUCCAUUCCCCUUCGUCUUUCCUCAUCACCUCCUCCCCCCAUCUCCCCUCCUCUCUCCCACACUCCCCAUCCCCCUCCUCUCCUCCCCCUUCCCCAUCUCCCCAUCAUCUCCCAUUUCCCCCUCCCGCACCCCGCAGCUUCGCGCUGUCACUCAGCGAGCGCCUGACAAGGGCCAUUAGAAAGAUCUCCCCGCCUCUGGCGGCCAAGCUGCGACCACCGCAACAGUAA